GACGCCCAGGCGGCGGUCUGGAUGGGACGCCCCUGCAGGCGGCUCCUAAGGCAGGGAGGAGAAACCGCUCGGUGGCCAAGAAGGCCACUAUCGCUGAGCCGGAAGUACUGUGUGGCGAGCAGUACAUUGAAGUUCACAUUCGCGCCUACUCCUUUGAUAGCCCCGGCUAUCUCGAGCGCUGGAGCUUUCGCUCAAGAAUGGUGGCCGAGUGCGCCUCAUCGCGGAUCAGUCCCAGUGCCUUGAAGCGGCUCGAGAGGCACGGCGCUGCGGUUCGCGUUGCGCAGGGCGGGUCGAUCAAGUCAGCAUAUGCUGACGACAGCCGCGAUGUGCGCAUAGGGAGCAACUUGCGUGGUCUGCGUCACACAAAGUCGAUCUUGUUCGAGGGCCCUGGCGGGCCAGAACUGGUCACCGGCUCUGUGAACUUUACUACUAGCUCUAAGGCUAACGCCGAGCUAGGGCUCAAGGUCAGUCUGCCUGCGGGCAGUCCUGCCGCGCAGACUUGGCCGAGAGCUCCUCUGUUGAGUAGGCGGCAGAGAGAGGACCUCGCGCCCAGCGCUCCAUUCCAAGCACCUCCAAAGCUUCUACAAACCGCUGAGGCGGGCCGGGAGGCCGCCCAGCG